AUGCGACGUAAUAUGUUGUGUCAAAUUUUGCAACAAAAAUCUAUAGACAUUUUAAAUGCUGUGAGUCAAGUUUCAACUACACAAUUACUCAUUCAACAGAUGAGAGAAGAUGGGUGGGAGCCUUUGCUUGCUACUAUUAAAUCAUUUUGUGAAGAAAAUGAUAUUGAUAUUCCUGAUAUGAAUGCUCAUUAUAGUAGUGCUCGAGGUCGAUCUUGUCGUCAAGAUGAAGGGUCUUUGACAAUAGUUGAGCAUCAUUUUAGAGUUGAUAUAUUUACUGCUGCAAUAGACUUUCAAUUACAAGAAUUGAAAAAUAGAUUUGGUGAGCAGGUUGUAGAACUCCUCACUCUUAGCGUUGCUUUAAGCCUGAAAGAUGCAUACAAAUCAUUUAAGAUUGAUGAUAUAUGCAAAUUAGCUGAGAAGUUUUAUCCUAAAGAUUUCAACAAGCAAGAAAGAUUUUGUUUGAAAUUUCAAUUGGAGCAUUAUACGCUUGAUGUGCCAAAGCAUUCAGAUUUUCAAAAUAUGUCUACAUUGUCUGAGUUAUGUAGAGGAUUGGCAGAUUCGGGAAAAUUGCGUAGUAGAAUGGAAGAUGAGUUUCUUGCAGACCAUAUGGUAGUUUAUAUUGAGAAAGAAAUUGCUAAGAAUUUCACUUUAGAGAUGAUAAUGGAUGAAUUUUAUUCCAUCAGCAAUCGUUGUCGAGCAUAA